CGUUACGAUCACCGGCCCCCUUCACCAAAACAACCAUCAUUAUCUUUUCCGCAUUUCAUAACAGACAGUCGAACAGGGAGUUCUCUGGGCGCACUACCCGGCGCCAUUUUCGGUUGUUUACACGCGCAUUUUCAGGCCGUUUGUUCAUUUCGGGGACUCGGGAGCCAAUAUACAUCACAUGGGGCUACAUGGCAUGGCGAAGGGAUCAAGCAGGGGGCAAACGGGUUACAUCGUGCUGACUUUGGGUGGAUGUGCAUCAGGCAGGUGGUUUCUUGCGAUUUCGAGGUUCUCUGUUCCAUCUCAUCGGUUCCACUCUUCACACGCGCGCACAUAUCGUUUUCUUUCCGUUGCUUCUCGGGAUCACUAUAGAGUCUGGCUGGCCGGGGGGAGUAGUUGGCCCGGGACUGGGUGGCGUCACUGCGUUUUAGUUUUACAGGCAGACAGACAGCAUCGGUUAGACAUCAUCAGCGACUUUUGCGCCAGCUUUUUAUAUUCCUUUUCCCUCUUCUUUUUUUCUUCUUUUAUAGUCCGGAGUUCCGUAGAUGUAAUGGUCGCGUUGGGGUAAUAUUACAGACCAAGAAACAUCUCUAUCAUUCUCUCAAACAAACAAACCCGCUACUCUAAUGCGGUACCUA